AUGUCUGGGAAGCCCAAGCUCGUCUACUUCAACAGAAGAGGGCGAAUGGAGCCGGUCCGAUGGCUGCUGGCAGCAGCUGGGGUGGAGUUUGAGGAAACUUUUCUGGAUACAAGAGAGCAGUAUUUGAAGUUAAUCAAAGGUAAGGAUCUAAGCAAUGCAGUGAGCAGCCAGCAGUGGGGGCAGUGCCCGCAAUGUCAGCAGGUGGAGGUCGGGCAUGGGGCCACACGUUCGUUCCUCUUGUCUUCUUCCACCAAUAAAAUCAACAUGUACGUGGAGGGAAUAACAGAUCUGACAAACAUGAUCCUCACGCUUCCUUUCUCUCCUCCUGAGGCCAAGGAGAAAAACCUGGCCUUGAUUAUGGACAGGGCAACACACAGGUACUUCCCAGUCUUUGAAAAGGCUUUGAAACAGCACGGCCARGACUUCCUGGUUGGCAACAAAGUCAGCUGGGCAGAUAUUCAGCUCCUAGAAGCCAUUUUAGCAGUGGAGGAGAAAUUCCCUGCYGUGCUGUCGGGGUUCCCCCAGCUGCAGGCUUUUAAAGCAAGAAUGAGCAAUAUGCCUGCCAUUAAGAAAUUCCUGCAGCCCGRCAGCCCAAGGAAGCCCCCACCAGAUGACCAUUAUGUAGCGACUGUGCUGCGGGUCCCUACCUAACACAUCAAUCUAUUCUAACCUCUGUAAAGCCUGAAAUACUAAAAAAGCCCUAGAGGAAGUAGACGGCUCUGUAAAUUAGUGCUGUUAGAGUGAAAACCAGUUGUAAAAAAAUAAACAAUGAAAUAAAUUUUUCUGUU